AUGCUUGCAGUUACUUCUCGCCGCUUUUUUCAACUCUCAAGUGUCGCAAUGGCAGCAACCAAUGUCUAUCAGUUCAAGGUGAAGGACGCCGACGAGAAGGAAGUUUCACUGGAUAAGUACAAGUGA